AUGCGCGCCAAAACGCAACAACUGCGCUAUCUGCACCAGGUCCGGGACUGAGGAAACAAACUUAGUCCCCCGCCUUUUAACAUUGAGUGUACCGGCCCUGGUGGAAAUUGAUACAUACAACGGAUAUUGUGCUUUAUGAUUAAUAUAAAUUUUCAAAUUGAGGUUGUUUUGCGACCAGCGUAACAUACUUCGCGUCGAGUGUGACGUUGCGGAUUUGAACUAAAUAUUGUGUUUUAAAAAAAGCAAUAUUGGUUGGUGUUAACCUAGUAUGUCUCUGAUAUUUGGUGUUUAUGCUCGCAGAUUGCAUACUACAUGCACCUGUAAUGAAAUUCAAAAACUCACGAGGUUGAGGGUUGUUGAUAACAGUGAAAUUGGAAAACAAGCUAUGGCCGAAGGCAAACCUCCUAGAUGUAUUCAUGUGUAUAAUAAAACCGGAAUUGGGCGAAUAGGUGACAAGGUAUUAGUGGCAAUUAAAGGAGAAAAGAAGAAAGGUGUCCUAGUGGGCCUUAAGCAAAACCAAAAGCCAUUGGUUCCUAAAUUUGACAGUAAUAAUGUGGUAUUAAUUGAUGAUAGUGGUUCGCCGUUGGGGACUAGAAUCCAUGUGCCCAUACCUACAGUUCUUCGAACUAUUUUGAAAGAGAGGACUCAUGUCAAAGGAACAGACUUCACUAAAAUACUUGCAAUUGCAACAAAGUAUGUGUAGUUAGUGAUAAAUUGGAAUUUAAUUUCAAUUGUUUAGAUGUUAAUUACAAUAAAAUGUCUUAAAGAAACAUGCUGAAUUCUCAAUUUGUAAAAUUUAAGUGAAAAUGUAAUGGAGGGAUAUCAUUUAUGCUCUUUAAUUUAUUGAGGAAAUAAAAUUUCAUUUGCAACCAAAUGUCACUAACUUUCUUGUACAUUGCCCUUUUUACUUACAAGUUUCAUAAAUUUCUUUCAUAUUUGUGUACCUAACCUCAUUUGCCUUUGCAGAUUUCAAGAUUCCCCACAGCAAUCUGUUUUCUCUUAUCUCUUCAAGAUUUGAAGGAGUCGGGGCUACAUGUACGCCCACAUUUCACUUAUCCAAAUAAAAUUCUAGAACAUCCCCCCCUCUCCAAACAAAUGAACAACAACAAACAUUUUGACCCAUUAACAUAUUUAUAGAACUACAAUAUGGAUCUAGAAAUCUGCAGGAAGUAUAAACACUAAGAAAUAUCAGGUUUAUCAUAAAUUUGCUUGUCCCCUGCCUUGCAAAAAUUAGUUAUCACCUUAUUGCCCUGAAUCUAUUGCUAUUGAGUUUUAGUUAGAGAUGUAUGAGGACUUUCGCCAAAAUUUAGAGUAUUGUUUACUCUUAAUGAAAUUUCCUUUUUUUUCAGCUCCUUGGAAAUACACUCAGCAAUGUUUGUUAGUUAAUUAUUUUGUACGAGGUUGUGCAUAAAUGGAUAUGGAGGAAACAUUAAGCUGCAUUACAGAGGAGUAGGGGAAUAGAAAGUAGUUCGUAACUUUUUUUUUUAACAUUACUUGAAAUAAUUCAUUUUAUUCAGUCAUUUACUAAAACAUUAAGAUACUAACAAACUAA